AUGAUUCGUUGCCGGUCAAAUGUUUUGAUUUCCCUGCUGGCCCUAAAUUUGCUCAUCAUUUUUGGAACUUUUGUUUAUGUGACACGGGAUGCGACGCCUUUCAAAGCUAGAACCAGAGAUAACGAUAGAAAUGUUAAAGAUGCCAAGCUACCAGCUGUACAUACUCUCUGUGUUAUAAUCCCGUUUCGUGACAGGUAUGAGGAACUCGCCGUUUUUGCCCCGUAUAUGGAUAAAUUUCUGAAUUCACAACUUGUCUCACAUCAUUUCCUCGUCAUGAAUCAAACAGAUCCUUUUCGGUUCAAUCGCGCCAGCUUGAUUAACGUCGGAUGGCAUGUAGCUGAAUCUAAAGGAUGUUCUUAUUUGGUCAUGCACGAUGUUGAUCUUUUACCACUGAAUCGUGAAAUCGACUACACGUUUCCCGGGCAGGGAGUCGUUAGACACAUCUCUAGCCCGGCAUACCAUCCAAAGUAUAAAUACGCAAAAUUUAUUGGAGGAAUUCUCAUGCUAACAAUGGAUGAUUAUAAAAAGAUUGAUGGAAUGAGCAAUAAAUAUUGGGGCUGGGGAAUGGAAGAUGAUGAACUAUAUUUGAGGAUUCGAGAAAGAUCGGAUCUAAAUUUGACGAGAGUAGCUGGUUUGAAAACAAAUAGAACUAAUACUUUCCGUCAUAUUCAUCCAAAAACAAGGCAGAGAGAUUUUGCUAUCAUCACGCCAAAUCAACGAGCAAUGAAACGGACGCGGGAUCGUAUAAGUGGCUUACAUAACGUGAAGUAUCAAAUAAUGUCACAAAAGGAACUUUUCUUCAAAGAGACCGAAGUUUUCAUGCUGGAUGUCGCUCUUCACUGUGAUUUAACCUGGACUCCAUACUGUGUUGAGGCAACGAGU